GCCAAACUAAACUGCCAACGGCACCGACCGACCGGUACGUUAAGUUUUCUGUUGUUUAUUCUCUUUCCACUGAGUAGCUAUUCACCAAAUAACCAUAUUGGAUUUUCUGAAUUUGUUUGACCAAGACUCCAUUUUCUCUACAAUCCAAGGGGUUUGUUUUUGCCAAAGGUUUUACAAUUGAACUAUGCCUGUUAAAAAGACCACAAUGAAAAGGAAACUCAAGACUUCUAUUGACAAUUCUGCAGCACCUCCAACAAAAAUUGGAAAACGGGGAGGAACUCCGGUUCCUGAGGAGGUUUUUCACGCGCAGAGGAAUCAUCAGCGAGGGCCCGGCGUGGUGCUGACUCUGGGUCAAGGGGACGUGGGACAGCUGGGACUGGGACCUGAUGUUAUGGAGAAAGCUCGUCCCGCACUGGUGCCUGACGUGACUGAUGUGGUGGAUGUGUGUGCUGGUGGCAUGCACACUAUGUGUCUAACCAGUAGUGGCGAGGUUAUCACGUUUGGUUGUAAUGACGAGGGAGCCCUGGGUCGUCCUACGCCUGAGGAAGGCAGUGAGUCGAGGCCAGGCAAGGUUGAACUGGACGGAAAAGUAGUGCAGAUAUCCGCAGGAGAUUCACACUCCGCUGCUCUGUUGGAAGAUGGCAGAGUCUUUGCUUGGGGCGCCUUCAGGGACUCUCAUGGAACUAUGGGACUUACGCCCAAAGGCAUCAUGCCUAACCCGAUGCUGGUACCAGUUGAUGAUAAGGUAAUCUUAUCGAGGAGAAAACGGGAUAUAGUAGUGAGGAUAGAGUCAGGCACGGAUCACUUGAUGCUGUUGACUAGACAUGGUCAGUUGUACACAUGCGGCUGUGGCGAGCAAGGACAGCUGGGGAGGAUAGCAGAGAGAGCGGCCAGUAGGGAGAGUAGGCAGGGACUGAGUAAAAUGUUAAUUCCUGCUAAAGUUCAGAUAAAACAUUUGGAGUUUGACAACGUUUGGGCUGGAGCUUACUGCACGUUCAUGAAAGAAAAGAGGAGUGAUCAUGUUUUCUCUUUUGGUCUGAAUAACUAUGGACAAAUCUGUUUAAAAAAUGUAAAUGAAAAGGCCACUCAUUUCCACCCUGUGCAAUCGCAAGGCUUCUCAGACAAGAAAUGGGCAAAGAUUUGUGGUGGACAGCACCACACUUUAGCCCUGGAUUCAGAUGGUGUAGUGUAUGCUUCUGGAAGAAAGGACUACGGGAGGCUGGGGCUUGGAAGUGACUGUCCGGAAGUGGUGGACAAACCCACUGUCGUUCCGGGACUGCAGGGAAAGAAGUGCAUCGACAUCGCUUGUGGAACUUGUGUAUCAUUUGCUGUCACAGAAGAUGGAGAGGUGUAUGCCUGGGGGAUGGGCACCAAUGGACAACUAGGUACUGGAGAUGAGGAUGAUCAUUACGAACCAGUGCGGAUGGGAGGCAAGCAGCUAGAAGGCCGCAAAGUGGUAGCAGUGUCUGGCGGAGGUCAACAUACAGUUCUGUUGGUAACAACGGAUCAGAACAGCUGAUAAAUACCAGCAUUGUCAGACAUAAUUGUUUUACUUUUUGUCAUCAUCAACAUUUCCCCCAUCCUAGCUCAAUUUGUUGAGUACUUUUUAUUUUUGUUUGUAACCGUCUUCUACGAGUAUUUGAAGGGUAAAUUAACUGUGGAAAUAUGAUUGAGAAAAAUCAACAAUCAAUGCUCAAAUUGUGUACUUGAAGUAGCAAUGUGUAAUAAAGGGUGGAUAUAUUUUUGCUAUUUUUAAUUUAUUGUAGGCUUAAUUGUGUAAAUAAAUAAAUUAAACUUGAAUAUUUUAACUCAUAAUAAAUCUUAAGCAGGUCUUGAGGUAUCAUUUUAGUUGUCGAGCUUCUUUAAAUCUAUCAAGAAAGUUAGUUUAUUUUUUUAUAUUUUUUAUUAGUACAUUUUGAAAUAAGCAAUUAAUUAUAUAGAUUGCUUUUGCCUACAAAAGAUAACAAACACUGCUUUCCUGCUUCAUAAGAAACACUCAUUGAAAUUAAAGUACUAUAUAACUAUUAUUGUAAAAAUAAAAAUCAUAUGGCCUACUUUAGUAAUAUAUACUUGCCUUAAAUGUAAAAAAAUGUGUUUAUGCCUUUUUAACUAACAUAAUAAUAUUGUUAUUAAAUCUAACUUUUGUAAAUGAAAGUGUUGCUUACAACUUUGUUGUUAUUUUGUGUCUUAUUUUAGUUUUACAUUUUUUGUCCGAGGUAGAAUAUCCUGAGCCUUAUAAAAUUGAUUGUUAAUAAUCUUCACCAAUACAAGAUUCACAGCAAGUUAUUUUCAACUUUAAAGCCUGUUUUGGUGUUUAGUUUUACUCUUGUAAUCGUGUUAUCGUUGUCUCUUUGUUUAUUUACGUUUGAUUUCAUUUGGUUGGAAAAUAUUCUUAUGUUGAAUAUAUUUGAGAAAAGUAGCAUCAGAAGGUCACAUACUUUUAAUUUGCCACAAUCUUUUCUUUAGGACGUAUCGAAGUAUCAAUAAACUACAUUCAAAAAAUGUACAUGUCAGCUGUCAUUAAACUUUUAAAACCAGUAUGAUCAUUUAAAGUCUUAGUAUAUACUAUAUUUCAUUUGUUUUGUAACAGUGUGCAUGAAAACUGUGUUGCCAUCUGAGCAAAUUUAUUUCUAGGUAUUUGAAAGGAUACAGCUAAAAGUAUUAUGCAUUGCUAAGUAGAUCACUUGUUAAAAAAUAUGUUUUCACUAUUAUAAAAAGUUAAAAUUA